CCCCUCCCCCGCCCACGCUUCGGCCCCGCUCCCCUCCCACCCCCGCCCCCGGCUCUGAUUUCUUCUCUCCAGCGAGCUCUGCAGGAGACACAGGCUGCUCGGUCCGCUCUCCGCCUCCGCCGCGCCCUCCUCGCCGGGGAUGGCCCCCCCCUGCCGCCACCGCCGCCGCCGGCGGAGCCCUCGUCUCCCGGCAGCCGCCUCGGUCGCCGCGCUUGCCCUAAAGCCCGGCGGUCCGCGAGCCCCGGCUCACCCCGCAGCCUCGCCCCCCUCACCCGUGCCAGACUGCGGUAGAGCGCUCACGAUGCUGCCGCCGGUGCCCUCCCGCCUCGGGCUGCUGCUGCUGCUGCUCCUGUGCCCCGCGCACGUCGGUGGACUGUGGUGGGCUGUGGGUAGCCCCCUGGUCAUGGAUCCUACCAGCAUCUGCAGGAAGGCCAGGCGGCUAGCAGGACGGCAGGCUGAGCUGUGCCAGGCAGAGCCGGAAGUGGUGGCAGAGCUUGCCCGGGGCGCAAGGCUGGGGGUCCGAGAAUGUCAGUUCCAGUUCCGUUUCCGACGCUGGAACUGUUCCAGUCACAGCAAGGCCUUUGGGCGCGUCUUGCAGCAGGACAUUCGAGAGACAGCCUUCGUGUUUGCUAUUACUGCAGCCGGCGCCAGCCACGCGGUCACGCAGGCCUGUUCCAUGGGAGAGCUCCUGCAGUGUGGUUGCCAGGCACCCCGUGGGCGAGCACCACCUAGGCCCACUGGUCUUCUGGGCACCCCUGGACCUCCCGGACCAGCAGGUUCCCCAGAAGCCAGCGCAGCCUGGGAGUGGGGAGGCUGUGGAGAUGAUGUGGACUUCGGGGAUGAGAAGUCAAGACUCUUUAUGGAUGCUCAGCACAAGCGGGGACGUGGCGACAUCCGUGCACUGGUGCAACUGCACAACAAUGAGGCGGGCAGGCUGCGGUCGUUUUCUGAAUUUUCUCCUUCUAACCUUAUGCCUACCUGCCUGCAUCCAUCCAUCCUUCCUUCCUCCCUCCCUCCCUUCCUUCCCCCCUUCCUUCCUGAACCCCCUCCUUCCCCACCCUCUGCUUCCUUUGCUUUCUGUUGGUCCCCUGCUUCUCUCUGCCCCGCCUAUCGCCCGCCCCUCUGCUCCUGCAGGCGGUGCGGAGCCACACGCGCACCGAGUGCAAGUGCCACGGGCUGUCGGGUUCGUGCGCUCUGCGCACCUGCUGGCAGAAGCUGCCUCCGUUCCGCGAGGUGGGCGCAAGGUUGCUGGAACGCUUCCACGGAGCCUCUCGCGUCAUGGGCACCAACGAUGGCAAAGCCCUGCUGCCCGCAGUCCGCACGCUCAAGCCUCCAGGCCGAGCCGACCUCCUCUACGCCGCCGACUCGCCCGACUUCUGUGCCCCCAAUCGGCGCACCGGCUCUCCGGGCACGCGCGGCCGCGCCUGCAACAGCAGUGCCCCGGACCUCAGCGGCUGCGACCUGUUGUGUUGCGGUCGCGGACACCGCCAGGAGAGCGUACAGCUCGAGGAGAACUGCCUGUGCCGCUUCCACUGGUGCUGCGUGGUGCAGUGCCACCGCUGCCGCGUGCGCAAGGAGCUCAGCCUGUGCCUCUGACCCGCCGCCUGCCUCGCCUCUGCGCGCAGCCCUCUUGGCAAUCUGCGGGACCACUGGAUUCCAGCAGGCGGCGCUGUCUGGGCCCAGCUGCUCUCUCGGGAAAAUACAUAUCUAAGCCUUGAGACACUUGCAGGGGCUGGGAGCUUAAGGUUUACACGUGCCUACGAAGGCUUGAGGACCCUGCCCCUCCAGCAUUCCCCAGAAGGGUCCUGUGCUGUUUUUCUUUUUGCUGGAGACUAUGCAAACUCUCCCUCCCUUUGGCCUCCCAGAUGGAAAUAAACAACAACAACAACAAC